AUGUUCUUAUCAAAGUUGUUGCUGCUCAACGACACGUCAGUCUAGGGGAACUUUUAGCUUUGAGUACUAGCGGGGUGAUUUGAGAUUUGCGAAUAAUGUGCUAUAGAAUAUUAGUAUUACUAUGUUUAAAUAUUUACCUCACAAAUGGAGAAACGCAACCGAACGGUGGAUGUGGCUUUGGUUAUGAAGUGUUGCUUGCAAAGUUAGAAUCGAUCGAAGAAAGGUUGAUUGCUUUGGAGACAAAAUGGGAGAAUACAUCUCCACGGAUGGUGGAAACAGAAAUGCUGCGUACAAUUGAACAAGAGAAUGAAGCCGGCUUAAUGCUGCCUGUGAAGCAGGCAGGGACGGAACCUUCUCCCAUCACAACUACCGAAAGUGCGGUGAAGAUCGUGGUAAAACCCGACAUCCCAUCACCUAAGCACCCGCUAGGUAUAGAACCAUCUGCCGAACAGCUUGGUUUGGGUGAGGAUAACAUAUACAGCUCAUGCCGCGAGGUCCCAUCGCGGGUCAGUGGCAAAUUUCUUAUCAGAAUUUCGGAGGACGCUCCACCGAUCAAUCUGCUCUGUGACAUGCAAUCCAUUGACGCUGGAUGGAUCGUGGUGCAGAAUCGUUUCAACGGGUCCGAAUCGUUCUAUCGCAAAUGGGCAGAUUACGAGGCCGGGUUCGGCAGCUUGGACGGCGAGUUUUGGCUGGGCUUGCAGCGCAUAAGCGCGCUGGUGCACAAUGGGAGACGAUGGGAGAUCAUGUUCUGGUUGAAGAACUUUCAGGGGCUGAUCCUGUAUGCAAAGUAUCAAAAAUUUACGUUCGGCAAUGCGACGGAUGGAUAUGUGCUGAAGCAAGCGGCCGGCUACACGGGCAAUGCGGGAGACUCGUUAGGCAGGCAUGUGGGCAUGAAGUUUACUACGUACGAUCGGGAUAACGAUCCGGUUCCGUACAACUGUGCGAAAAAGCAUCGUGGUGGUUGGUGGUAUCAUCACCAGUGUGUCACUAGCAAUCUUAACGGCAUGUACGGAAACAUGCUGAACGAACAGGCAAACAGUUGGGCAACGAUGAAACCUUACGGGUACGGUUUGCAGGCGUCUAAAAUCAUGAUACGGGAGUUGUUAAAUUAGGGUUUGUUAAAACUUUCUCACGGGUUCGUAAUGUCCAAAUGAAUAAACGAUUAAAUGAAUGAAUAUCAGGAUUUACAAUCAA